AUGAGUAAGGUCCCAUACUCUAAUGUUGUUGGGUCUAUUAUGUACUUAAUGGUGUGUACUAGGCCUGAUUUAUCAUAUGCUAUGAGUAUGCUAAGAAAAUAUAUGUCAAACCCUGGGAAACCUCACUGGAAUGCUAUGAAAUGGACCCUAAGAUAUUUAUUGGGAACCACUGAUAUUGGACUGACCUACAGGAGACAAAAUUAUGGGCUGAAACUAGAAGGCUAUAGUGAUGCUUAUUAUGCAGGGGACAAAGACCAAAGAAGAUCUACUUCUGCCUACUAUUUCCUAUUUGGUGGUAACUGUAUCAGCUGGAGAGUACAACUACAACCCGUGGUUGCCCUAUCAACCACAGAAGCUAUAAAAGAAACAAUUUGGAUACAUGGCUUACUAAGUGAAAUAAAUAUCAAAUGUGGGAUUCCUACAGUUUACACAGAUAGUCAAAGUUGCAUUCAUUUAUGUAAAAACCCUAUUUUUCAUGAUCGUACUAAGCAUGUAGAAGUCAAGUAUCAUUUUAUCAGAGAGAAGGUAACUCAAGAACAAGUUUUCAUUGAAAAAGUUCCUACUGAAGAAAACCCAGCAGAUAUGGGUACAAAAGUUGUGACCUUACACAAGUUCAAGCUACGCUUGAAUUUGCUUGGGGUCGACACAGGAGGAUAA